GAUAAAUGAACAUUCACAUUUCCUGCUAAACAGGACCUUCCUUCCUUCAAUGGCUGACAAAACCAUCGCCUUCCUCCCCCUGCUUUUCAUUUUUCUUCCCCAUUCAUGCUGCAGGGACUCGUCACCAAGGUGGAUUAGAGGAGGUUACUGGGAUUCUUACAGCGAGCUCCCCAUAUCUGAAAUAAAUUCUGCUCUUUCCACUCACCUUAUGUGCGGUUUUGCUCGUAUAAACUCCUCCACUUAUCGUAUGUUUUUUAACUCAACUUCUGAACAAUCCUUCUACAAUUUCGCCACCACUGUGAAACGCAAGAACCCAUCUGUUGUGCCACUUUUAUCAAUAUGGGGUGGGGGACAAGACUCUUCAUUCUUUUCUUCAAUGAUAAACGAAUCAUCUUCCAGAAAGACUUUUAUCAAAUUCUCCAUAGAAACAGCCAGGCUGUAUGGCUUCCAUGGCCUAGACCUUGCUGGUGUGAAGCCAAACAGAGCCAUCAACAUGACAAAUUUAGGAACCCUUUUUGAUGAAUGGCGUGAUGAGGUAAUUUUCGAGGCAAGAAACUCAGGUAAGUCGGAGCUUUUACUAGUAAUCACAAGCCAUCACUUGCCUUCUCAAGACUCGGUCAUUUACCCCAUAGAAUCAUUGAAAAAGAAUCUCAAUUGGAUACAUGUUUUAGCAUAUGACUAUUAUGUGCCUACAAGGGAUAAUUUUACAGGGUUUCAUGCUGCUUUAUAUAGUUCUUCAGGUUGGUUCAAUACCAAUAAUAGCAUAAAUGAAUGGCUGAGCAUUGGAAUUGAAGCUCAAAAACUUGUUCUGGGUUUGCCUUACCAUGGCUACGCCUGGACACUUACUAGUCCAACUGAAUGUUGUUGGUGCACCGGCUUCUGGUCCCCGUAUCACACUAGAUGGUUCUAUAGGUUACAAGUUUGUCAAAUCGUUCAUUCAAGAUUAUGGUUAUGGAGCUGCUGCAGUGUAUAAUCACACUUACGUCGUGAAUAUAUUCACUGUUGGAGCAAAUUGGAUUAAUUUUGAUGGUGUGGAGGCUAUAAGAGCUAAAGUUUCUUAUGCAAUGGAGAAAGAGCUGCUUGGUUACAAUGUGUUCCAGCUCUCUAAUGACGACAAAUGGGAGCUUUCUUCAGCUGCUCAACAGGAAAGCACUGAAGACCGGCAGGACAAGCCACGUUCACUGAUAAUAAUUCUUGUUACAAUAGCUGUACUUAUGCUGCUUCUUGCUACCAUAAUUUGCUGUUGGAAAAAAGCAGUACUCAAAUCAACAGGGAUUAUGAGUACUUUGAAGAGUUCAAUAUCAAAACUGAAAAUCAAAGUAACAGGUAUCGAAAAUCUCAACAAUGAUGCAAGGAAGCUGCAAGUAUUCAUUUUUACAACCAUUAAAGCAGCUACAAAUAACUUUUCGAAUGAUAAUAAGCUCGGCGAGGGUGGAUAUGGACCUGUGUACAAGGGGAGGCUACUGAAGGGACAAGAAAUAGCAGUGAAGAGGCUUUCAGAAACUUCUCAUCAAGGACUUGAAGAGUUCAAGAAUGAAGUUGAGCUUACUGCAAGGCUUCAGCAUGUAAAUCUUGUACCAGUCUUGGGAAUUUGCACACAGAAGGAAGAAAAGAUGCUGAUUUAUGAAUACAUGCCGAACAAAAGUUUAGAUUUCUACAUCUUUGAUUCUGAUAGAUGGUAUAUUUUAGACUGGCAAAAACGUGUUCGAAUCAUUGAAGGUAUUACCCAAAGGCUUUUAUAUCUACAAGAAUACUCAAAUUUUACAAUAGUUCAUAGAGACCUAAAGGCCAGCAAUAUUUUGUUGGAUAGUGAAAUGAAUCCCAAAAUAUCAGAUUUUGGCAUGGCUCGAACUUUCAAAAAAGAUGAAUGCGAAGCUAACACAUACCACAUAGUUGGAAUAUAUGGCUACGUUCCGCCGGAAUAUGUAAGAAAAGGUAUAUACUCCACAAAGUACGAUGUUUAUAGCUAUGAAGUUCUUCUUCUACAGAUCAUAAGUGGCAAGAAGACAGCAUGCUAUUAUGGCACCAGUGAAAAUCUAAACCUUCUGGAAUAUGGGUAUGGAUUGUGGAGAGAAGGUGAAAGCAUGAAGUUUUUUGAUUCAUCACUGGAUGAUUCUUCUUCUCCAUAGAAACUAGAGAGAUGCAUGCAUGUAGCUUUACUGUGUGUUCAGGAAAUCCCUACAGAUAGACCAACCAUGCUCAGAGUUUAUAGCAUGCUCAAAGGUGAAAGUGCAGACAUCCCUUCUCCGAAGAAGCCUGCUUUUUCAGUUAAAAGAGAUGAAUAUGAGAAUAGUAAUUGCAUCUUCAAGGAGAAAAUAUUUUCAUUCAGUGAUACAACAAUAACUCAACCAGAACCACGAUGAGUCGAGGACUAAUCUUGAAAGAUAUUCAAGUAAUUGUAGAUUCCUUAUUGGGUAUGGCACUCCAACCUGUAAACCUAAUGCCAAAACUUUAGUUUAGUUUUGGCAUUUCUUUCAACAAUAUCUAAUAUGCACACAAUUGUCCUGAAGUUUAGGAGGAUAUGUCACUCUACCUUCCUUAUAUGCUAAUUAUUUUGUAUGUUCUUAGGAUGGAUAUCUGAUUUAUGGAAUAUACAAUUGAUGCGAUUAUCAAACAA